AUGUCCCGCCGAAGCAGUGACGGCGGUUGUUUGCCUGCGUUCGAAGACGACAGCAGCGACAACAACAAUGCGUUUCUCGACCAUGUCGACGACACGGACUGUCGUGUGGUGGCUGGUGAGUUGGUCCUGGACGACCCGACAGAGUCCCCUCCCCCGCUGUAUUCGACCAAAGAAGCUUCGGUGGGCAGCAUUUACGACUUUUUGGACCAAGUGGAGCUCAAAUCGGUCGCCCAACUCGAAAGGGCGUCGCUUAGCCAUACCCCGUCGCAUGCUCAUCCGUUGCCUCCACUUGUCCGCACGGACAUGUGGGAAGGGGGCUCGCGGGGGUCGUCUCCUCGUCAGGGCUCUCUGUCGUCUAGAUCUGUUCGAAAUGGCAACAGUAGUAUCAACAGCAGCAACGACAACCAAUUCUAUGCCAACGACAUUCGCGAAAAGAUCGCGACGCUCAGCAUUGAAUUGCACGACAAGACGCAAACGAUCGAGUUGCUCCACGCGGCUCGAAAGAAAGACAAGGCCAAGGCCACGGAAAACGCCAGUCUCGCCGCGGCCGAAUUUCAGGCCAAGCUACAAGAGCUGCAAGAUCGACAUGAAAAAGAGCUGGAAAAACAACUCGACUUUGCCCAGACACUUGUUGCCGACAAGGGAGAAUUGGUGCAAAGGUGUGACAACGUGGCCGCCGAGCUGAAAAAGGCAGUGGACCGACUGCAGCAGCAAGACGAAGGGUUCCAACGACAGCUUAAAGACGCCAAGGAGCGAUGGAGCGUCCAAGAAAAGGUCCGGCGUGAUCAAUGGAUGGUAAAAAAGACGGACGAAAUCAAAAAAAGUACGAUCAAAGCGUUGGAGCCCGACGUUCAAGCCAUCAUGACCAAGUGCAAAGAGAACUUGGACAAGGCAAAAGAGGCGGCGGCGGACGACAAGCGCAAGUGGAUGGCCGCGUAUGAGAAAGAAAAGGAAGAGCUGUUGCGACGGCAGCGCGAAGAGUACGAGCGCAAGCUGGUCGAAGCCCGGGAGAAAGAGCGCUGCAAACUCAUGUACAGACUCGACGCCGCCGACGCCGAGCUGCAGCAGCAACUCAACCAGCAACGGCGACGUUUGCAAGACGAGAGCGAGAAAUUGCGCUCCGAUAUGAUGACAGACAUGCGCGUUCUCAAGCAACAGCAUGCUCGGGACUUGGACGAGAUGCGGGCCGUGGAGCGUCAGCGCAUCGACCACGAAAUGGCGGCGUUGCAAAAAGAUAAAGAUGACAUGGCGCGGCGAUUUGAAGCAGAUGCGGCGGCAUAUCGCGAUAAAGUUCAAAGUGAGAUGGAGGGUAAACACCUAGCGGCGGUGGCGGCGGUGCGGUCCGAGAUGGACAAGGACAAGGCGGCAUGGGAGGUCGAGAUGAUCAAACGGCGAGACGAUAAGAUCGACAUGGUCAUCGACAAGUUGCAGCAAGAGACUGAGAAGAAGGUCGCGGCGGCAGAGGCCAAGAUGGCGGCUCAGUACGACGCCGACAUGCGGGAAGUGGACAAGAAGCGGCGGGCGGCCGCCGAGGUCGAAGCAGCAUGGAUGGACAAGAACCGGGAGCUGUAUGACAAGUGCGCCAAGCUUGACGAAGCGAGGGACAUGGCGGUGGCAGCGCAAAACGCGCAGGCGUCGGCGCUACGAGCAAUGGAGGACAAGUUGGCCCGAUGUGUGCAAGCAUUGAACGAGGAGCGAGAUAUGCACGACAAAGCACGCUUCGAUGGCUCAAACCAUGCCGAUGCGUUGCGACGGGAGUAUGCGAUGGAGCGGGAAACGUUGCGCGGCGCGGUCGAGGCGCUGCAGAGCAAGUUGGACACGAUGGAGAAGAGCCACGUGGCGUAUGUGGCCGAGAUGCGUGGCAAUCAGGACGAUGUGUUGGAGAAACUCCAUGCACGCGUGCGAGCGACUGUGGCCAAGAAGGAUGACAUGAUCGAGACUUUGCGGGCAGAACUCCAUUUGGCACAAGUCCGAAUCGCCAAAUGCGAAGACAUUAUCCAAGACCAGCGAGCCCAGCUCAUCUCGUAG